UUCUGAUACUCAAAGGACGGGUCAAGCUAUAAUCGGUGCAAAAUUACAAACGUGUCUUUGCGGGUCAUUUUUGAGCACGUUCGAUCGGUUUCGUCCAUUCUGUUUCCAAAAAUGUCUUCGAAAAACAAUGGUUUAUCAGUGAGCCCUGGAACAGUGUUGUCUGUGGUUUGUUUGCUUCUAUACUCCGCUGGAUUCAUUAGAAUCGAGCUGAAGUUUAAUGAUCACGAUCAAAGGUUGAUAGCUGUCGAGGAAGUCAUUUCUCAGAUGAAACAUGGAGUGGCGCACACUUGGAAUAAAGAAACUUCACAGCUUAAUUCUGGGAAGAAAGAAACAAAUAGUGAGAUAAAGCUCCACAGAAUCACACGUAGCAUUGCCAACAAUCCAACCUUUAAUAAUUCCGCCAACAUGAAGCAAGCUUUGGAAGACGUUGUCACCUCGAGUUUCAAAAAGAUCUGUCAGAAGAGUGGAGACCUUAAAGUUUGCCCGCGAGGACUCCCGGGACCUCCGGGAAGGAGAGGAAGAAAAGGUUCCCAAGGAAUUAUGGGACCACAGGGUCCAGGUGGAAAGCAAGGAGUUAUGGGACCCCCUGGUCGAAGUGGAAAACAAGGAAUUAAUGGACCACCGGGCAUAAGAGGAGAAAAGGGAAUUAAAGGAGAUAUCGGGCGACCGGGCAUCCCAGGGAUUAAAGGUGAGCCCGGAGAAUCUAUUUCUGUACCUAAAGUGACAAUUUUCCCUGCUUCACAACUGACUGUCAACGAAAGCAACACUGCUGCUCUGUUUUGCUCUGCUACUGGAAAUCCCGCUCCCCAGUUAUCUUGGGUUAGGGUUGAUGGAUCGUUACCUAGCAACAAGAUCAAACUGACCUCGGACGGCCUGAUGCAGAUUGAUGACGUUCGCCUGGAGGAUGCUGGGAAAUACAAAUGCAUGGCGAGCAAUAUUCUGGGACAGGACGAAAACGCUGCGAACCUUGUUGUUCAGAGUAAGCCCAAAGUUUCUCUCUCGUUUGGAACAUCCUACGUCGAAAGGAACAAGAACAUCACUUUACCAACUUGUCACGUGACUGGCUAUCCUCCAGCGGUGAUCACGUGGUCUAAAGUGCACGGUGAACUGGUACAAGCAAGAGCUCUUUCGAAAGAUGGACAGCUGUCAAUAACAAAUGCUCAAAAGAAAGACUCUGGCUUGUACAAAUGUAAAGCAACGAAUAUCUUAGGUUACCACUCGGCUGUAACACAUCUAAGUGUUGUGGAGCUGCCGCAGUUUACAGUCAGGCCGCCUGGGCAACUUAAAAUGUCUACGAACCGCAAUAUAAGAGUCCCUUGCCAGGCCACUGGGGACCCCCUUCCGACAGUCACUUGGGUGAAAGAGAACGGCGAGCUACCGUUAGGGAGAUCAAAAGUUAGUGUUGAUGGAACACUUCAAGUUUGGAACACUAAAGAAGAGGACUCGGGGAGAUAUACUUGUGUGGCGGCAUCGGCUGAAGUCUUUAGAGCGUUUUCUGUUAUGAAACUGACAGUGACAGAAUGUGGACCUGUUGGUGUAGAGGACAGGAACACAAUACCAGAUGCCAGGAUGACGGCAAGCACAUACUACAGUAAUUUAUAUUAUCCAUACUAUGGCCGGCUGAAUGAGGACAGGGGAAAUGGUGCGUGGUGUACAAAGAAAAGAACAGACAGAACAGACUAUCUUCAAGUUGAUACGGGUGCAGUACACUCUGUUUGUGCAGUGGCAACUCAAAGCGCCCGUAUAGAAGAUAUAUGGAUCACUAGCUACAAAGUGCAUUUUUCUACAGAUGGAGUAACAUGGAACAGCUACAAGGACAACAAUGUUGAAAAGGUGUUCGCAGGAAACACAGAUCAAAAUAGUAUUGUGAAGCAUGCGCUUAGUCCUGACGUCAAAGCAAGAUUUGUUAGAUUUUAUCCCGUCACGCAUUAUGAUCAUCCUUGUUUGAGAGUUGAAAUAUUUGUACUAAAGUAGUCAGAUCGACUUUGCUUGCCAUGAAAACAACGAACCUGGCAUAACCUUCCCCCUUGAGAUGAACCAUUGACUUCAUCUCAAGGGUUUAGAAAAUGCUCCAGUGUUUUUAAGUGGGUAAGUGAAAGGAGUAUACAAAAAGGGUUUUAUAGAGUACCCCCCUUCGGGGGAGAGAGGGUAAUAUGAAGUUGAUUGAUUGUUCUCCAGUUGAAGACGGCCUCGAUGGAAGUAUUACCUCUCAGUUUGAGAACAAAUAUUUUUACUGGCCAAACAGAUCUCAACAUCUGACGGAAAUAGAUUGGUCCGCGGUCCGUGAGACAGAAACUCGCGAUCGCGCUCUCGUUUGACCUCUGACUGUCAUGCAAUCUCAUCAAUACUAUCACCCGCGUAAUGGAUUUAUAUCUGUUUUUUUUGUUGUUGUUGUUUUUUUUUUUAUGAAAGCCGGUGAUCGUGUUUGUUCGUUUUACCCCAACUUGCGCACUAACAGCUUGGUGAACUCUUCUUGACUAGUUUGCGUUCGGUCCCACCACAAAAGUGAGAAGUAACAUCGUUGAAUACAACUAUUAAUGAUAAACAGUUUUUCAUUUUGAGAUGCUUUUGGAUCACUUCACUUUUCACAGUCAAUUUACUUAGAGAGAACAAUCAUCAAGUUUGGAAAAUCAUAAUCGUUCCUGUCAAUGUUUGACGAAGUAUAGUUCGAAUAUCUGAACAAUAUUGCCUCUAUUUGGCGCGAAAAUAUGCUAGGAUAUUUGUCCGCGGACAUUAUCUAUUCCAAGAAGCGAGCGGUUUUCCAAGAGCGUAGCUCGAGGAAAACUGUGAGCUUUGGGGAACAGAUCAUGUCCAAGGACAAAUAGUAGAGCCUAUUGUGUUUACUAAUUUUCAAAUAUUUUUCGUAACACGCGCGGUUUUGAAAAUUGGGGAAUAUCACUCGGAUACAGUUUUAGCUGUCACGUGACACGUUUAAACCAAUCGCGCUCGAGCGAAAAUAUUUCAUGGAUUAUAAAAAAUGAAUGUACAACUUGUAGUGAUUUGGUCGGUGUUCACUAUCUUGCUCACUGGGUACUCAAUGCAAUAUAAAAAUUACACCUGUAGUAAACGUAGAUAUAGCUUUAAUAAAAUUGUUAUUUUUUGUUGUU